AUGUUAAUACUAUUCUUUUUUUUCUUGCUAACUGAGCAAUAAAGAGAUAUUGAAUUCAAUGAUAAAUUCUAUUGGACCUCAAUGGACAGCGUCAAUGAUAAGAAUAUAUACAGAAUCACAAAUCUUGAGCAGCCUUAUUAUUAUGUUUAGGUUACCUUACUGCAACAGGAUUUAUCUUAUUUCCUAUUGUAUGAUUUAAAUUAGAUUCCUAAAUUAAACGAGUCGCCAGGUGACUACGUGAGGUAUUAUUUUAAUUAAUGAAAACGUUAUUAUGAAGAGAGAACAACCAGAUUUCUGAAAAUUGAACCUAAUGGAAAAAUAAUUUACAUUACCGCAUCCUCUAAUAGCACUAGUGGAUAUUACAAUAUAGCAAUUUGGGGUAGCAAGAAGGAGUACUGUGAUAAUAGUUGCUCAUAUUAUGGUGAAUGCACAGUAAUUCUGAGUUCUAUAAAAGGAUGAUGGGUGUGAAUGCAUCUCUGGCUAUAUAAGUACUGAUUGCCACUAAACGGCAUUGUAGGUUCAGGAGAGUUAAACACAGAUUAACCUUUUUGGAGAUGAGAUUUAAUUUUUUUAUUUGAACAUAGGUGAUUACAAAGAAAUGGACAUUCAAUUAAGACUAAGUGUAAUUUAUAAGUUGAAAAUUAGACUGACAGCUCUUAAGGAAUUGAAAUUUUCAUUGAGCUCACCAAUGCAAUAAUAAUUCCGAACUAAAACUACCAUGAUGCUGAAGGCAUGAUUAAAUAAUAAAUAAUUUAUGAAUCUUAACCAUUAGAUUUCAAAAUAAAAAGCGCCAUUUAUGAAUACGAUAACAUUUAGGUUGUUUUUGGAGCUAGAUAAUUGAAUGGUCGAUUAAACUCAUUAGUAAGCACUCUAUUAAUAGAAAUUUCAACAUAUAAUAUGUCUGAAAAUACAAUUUCUAUCAUUGUUAUCAUUAUAAUCGUCAUUGUUAUAUCCGCAGCAGUGAUUAUUAUAAUAAUUAUGUUUUUUGUAUGUAAGAACAUUAGAAGCAGAAAACUACUAUUGUAAUAACAAAGAUUGAGAAUGGCUAUGUAUGGAGAGUCGUCUGGAAAUUAACAAAAAGAUUAAAUUAACAUUUUCGAUUAUCUAUCUCCAGUUUAAAUAGAUGUGUUAAAUAACUAAGACGAUUGCAUCAUUUGUUUAUAAAAAUUGAAUGAUGAACUAGAGGUUAGACAAACAUGUUGCCAGUAUUAAAUGAUCGUAUAAAUUUAGUCACCAUUUCCAUUCUUUUUGUAUAAAAGAGUGGCUUAAUAAUAAUAAAAAAGAAUGUCCUGUCUGCAGAGCUAAUUUAGUUCCGAAAGAUGGUCAAAUAAAUACAAUUCCUCAAUAAUGACUUAGAUCUUUAUUUUAAAUUAAAUUAAUCAAUUAUUCAAUAAUGAAAAAUAUUAAUGA